AUGCAAGUACAAGAUUCCAGAUAUGAUGACUAUUACAAUUUCAUCUGGUAUCAAGACAAUGGCCCCUGGUCGACCAGGUUCACGGCGUGGUAUAUUCCCGGACUUCUCUACAGAGCCCAGGGCGAUGAUGUAGCGAACGCGAUAGCCAGUAUUGAGGGCGUACUAUCCACACAGAUGACGGAGAGCUAUGACUCGGCAUGGUAUGGAACAUACAGGCUGUCUCCAGACGCGCCAUAUCCUACACCGGACAGUGAUCUCUACCCUCCGGAGAUAUAUGAUACUUAUGACCCCAACUGGAGAGAAUUUGUAGGCACUACUUUGGUACAAGUUGUUGAAGAAUUCUCCCAUCUGCUGAGUGAUGACUUGAUCUCGCGCAUUGAAACGUCACUCGCGGCCAAUGCCGUGGGAGCGAUGCGCAGGAAUGGUUCCUAUCCCGAGGGCGACAACCUCAUUCUUGGCUACUCGAAUCCAGGUCUUAUGAGAGUCCUUACCGUGGGUUGGAUCGGCGCGCGCCUGGACAAUUCUACUUUCAUUGACUUUGCCGCGCAACAAGGCACCGAGCUGCUUGAAUUAUUCGAGCGCGACGGACAAAAUGUUCUGUCCGAGUACAACGCGCCCAACUACUACGGAAUGGACCUGUGGGCUCUGGGCGCAAACGCCGCGUACGGUCCCAAGGAUGCCCCCAUGACCAACAGCUCCAAGUACAUCAUGACGGAGUUGUGGAAGGACGUAGCCGUUCACUUCAACCCGUUCCUCGGAAACGUCGUGGGCCCAUACGACCGUGCCUAUACUCGCGAUGCAACUGAGCACUCGGCCAUCCUCUCACUGUUCUGGUGGGGCAUGUUCGGCCGCGAGUUUGGACCGCAGCCACCUCUGGGCGAAGCAGAUCUACUAUAUGAUGUUGCGCAGGGGGCUUCCCUGUCCAUGAUUAUGGAGACUGUCGCCGACUGCAUUGACGACGAGACAGCCUCUGCUUUGAAGGCCAAGGGUUGGUGGGAAGGCAGUCGCUCCGUCAACAAGACCAUCUAUGAGGAUCUCGAGACGCAACAGUACCGCGUGGCUUCUUCGUGGCUCAGUGCCGGGCUCAUGAUUGGAGGGCAGACGGUGGCCGAGACGGUGAACCGAGGCAACCAGUUCGUGCCGGCUAUUGUGCACUGGGCUUCGAAUCCCAAGCAUACGCCGUACCCAUACAAUGGCUUCUUUUCAUUGUACCCAAGCGCUUCGACAAUUACCUCUGAAGUUGGCGAGGGUUAUCUGAAGGUAUCUUACCCAAACACAACCCAAGAAGGCACCGACAUCUUCACCUUUGCUCUGUCUGGCAUCCCUCCUCAGUUUUUCCGGGAUCCCAAGAACCGAAUUACGGGAUUGGAGAAUCUGCCCUGUCUUUCGGUCAAUGUAUCUGCGCCGGGUCUGGAAGCUCAGAAUGUGACGUACGGUACUCAGCUGCGCGACCACUACAUUUACAACAUUUCAUACGCCGUGCCAACGGGCUUUGAGGGCAUCCCAUCGGUCACGUUCGAGUUGAAAUACACUUGUUAG